CUGAUUCCAUAUAAGAUGGGUAGAUAGCUAGCAUGCUAACUUUUGUAAAAUCCAAUCGGAAACUUCCUCGUCUGCGUUCUCUUGGCGCUGAACAUGAGAAACAGAUGGGAGUGUAUACCUCGUAGUCAUUUUGUGGGUCUGUGCGCAGGUACGACUUGCCUGCGCCUCGUUUCAUACUAGCUAGCUAGCAGCUAGCUUAGUUUAGCUAGGAAAUGUAAACAAGGCCACGGAAUCCACGCUUUGGAGUUUGGGAAAAGGCGUAGUCUUUCAGUUCGGUAUUGUAACGUAUUAUCGUUAGCUUGCUAGCGGUAGGUAUACUUAAAAAUGAAAAUGGCCCGUGGUGGCCGUAAAAAACGUGGAAACGACAGGUUUUUCCCUCCGGCACAUGGCCCUCGGUUCCCGAUGUGCCCUGCCGAACCUCCGCCACCCGAUAUAGGCUGGAAUCGGUCCCCGUUUCCGGACGGACCCCCUGGCUGCCCUGAUCGCGAUUUCAGAUUAAUGGAGAACUCAGUGGGCUGUCGACCGAUGAGGGAACCGGAUUAUGGGCCGCUGGACGAGAGAGCAUUUGGCCCAGUGGACCAGGACUUUAGACUGUUUAACAGAGGACUCGAUCGCAUCAUGGACCAAGAGUUUAGGCCUGAUGACGACAUGGGACACAGUCCAGCAAGAACCGCACACUACGGGCAAAUGGACUCCAGGGAACCUAGAGGUCCUGUGGUGGAUAGGACCAGGAUUACGGACACUGAGGAGUUCAGAAAUUUUGUCCAAUUACGGAGGGAAAGAGAUUUUGCUCCUCUGGAGCGGGACUGUGGGGCGGGGAUGAACAGAGACUUCGGUCCGAUUGGAAACAGUAAAUGGGGUCCUGUUGGGGACCGAGAUUUCGGUCCGAUCGGUGAAUUUGGUCCUGUGGAUCGAAAUUACACGCCAAGGAUGAACGAGAGAGGCUUUGGCUCUCUGAUGCUGAGUGAAAGAGGUCCCGGGUCUGUGAACGACAGGGAAUUUGACGAGUGUCAAGAGGAGCGUGGAGUGUUCAUCGAUGAUCAGAGAGCAUUCCCCGGGCCCCCAGAUCAGGAUGUGGGCGUGACAAUGUGCCACGAUCCAAGGACGAUGCAACAGCCCGGAUGGAUCGAUACCUCAGGAAUACCCCCACCUGGACCUUACCAAACCAACCAAAUAAACCCCAGGAUGCCUGAACCCCCAAAACCUGAACCUCUGGAGGACGAGCUGCCAAAGCCUCCAGCAUCAAAGAAGUCCAGGCCUUCACACAACACCGGCUCCACCAAGCCACCCCCUGGACGAUUUCAAGGAGUGAUCUCAUUUGUUGGUUCAGACUACGGCUUCAUAGAACGGGACGACCUGAAGAAAAUCUAUUUCAGUUUCGACGCCUUCUGGGGAGACACUGCAGAAAUGCUGCCGGGGGUCCAAGUGCAGUUCACUGUGUACAAGGAAAUGGGAAAGGAAUAUGCCACUGAUGUAGUGGUGCCCCCUGGUGGCACAGAGGAGGUGGACAGUGAAGUCUUCCAAGGAGUCAUCAGCAAAGUUCCUGAUCUCCCGGGUGAAGGCAAGCCCAGGAAGGGGCCCCCGCCCAAGUACACGGGUUGCAUCCAGGCCACGCUGUACAGCGGCAGCACGGAGCUCCCGUUCGGACCGCAGGACAGCAAGCCCACCCUGCUGCUGAACGACCACGUCCAAUUCAACCUGCUGACCAACCUGGUCACCAAGCAGAAGAGGGCCAUCAAUAUCAAGCUGCUGCCAGAGACCUUCCAGUUCACCUCGGAGAGUAGGGAGAUGGGUGUCAUCAUGAGCAUGAAGGAUGGCUCUGGGUCCAUCAUGUCGGAGCAGUUGGGCAAAAUUUGCUUUGAUGCCAAUGAGAACCUGGACGACGCAGAUCUUAGCAUCAUGGAUGAAGUGGAGUUCACGGUUGUCCCGACAAAGGGCUUGGAUCAGCGUAAGGCGGUGCGCGUGAGGAAGCUGCCGGAGGGCACGGUGACAUUCGGAAGCAAGACCAGGGAGAAGAUCGCAGAGGUCAUAAGGAUGGAAGGGCCCUCUGCGAGCCUGACCCUGGAGAAGGGCAAGUGGAAGCCAGUGACCUCAGAAGUGCUGCCCCAAAGGACUGUGGUCUUCGAAGACGUCAGCAGCGAGCAGUAUGAGGGAACGGUCAUCAAAGCAAUCCACAAAGUGUCCGAGAGAAAGCAGGUGGACAGCGAGCCUGACCCCCAGCCGGGCCUCCUGGUCACCAGGGUGGCCGGUGUGGAGCAGGAGCUGCCGUUCGGCCCAGACGAUGUGCUCUCAGAGGCCACCAUGAUGCAGGGCGACCGCGUCCAGUUCAACAUCUCCACCAACCGCGGGACCAAGGUGGAGCGUGCCACCAACAUCGAGAUCCUGCCCGACACCUUCAGCCAGUCCAAGGAGCAGCGAGAGAAGGGUGUGGUGGUGGACCUCAGGGAAUCAUUUGGGUUCAUCAAGUGUCAGCGGGACCCGCGGCUGUUUUUCCACCUCAGGGAGGUGAUGGAGGAGAGCAAGCUCAACCUGACGGACGAGGUGGAGUUCACCAUCCUCUCGAGUGAAUCAGCAGGAGAGGGAGACCAAGCAGUGAGAAUCAGGAAACUGCUCUGGACUGCCUUCACUGCCACACCCAAGCUGGAGGGCCUUGGAGCCGCGGGGAAGGAAAAGAAGAAAAUGACCAUCAAACUGUUGAGAGACUCGGUGAAUGAGGAAAUGAAAAACCUGAAAGUUAAAAUCGAGUCCUUCAGCACAGAAGAUUUCCCGCAAGAGCCUGCAGACCCCCUGGAUGAGGAAUGCAGCUCAGGUAAGCCAGAUGACAUCCACUCAGUUCCCGUGAAAUCGGAGAGCGCCUCACUGCUAGCCGAGGUUGAGGCGGAGCCGAAAGGAGAGGGCAGGCACAGAGAGCGCAGCAGGAGCGCGGAGAGGAGGUGGAGUGGCCGGAGCUGGAGGCAGCGGAGUCCAGCGGGCGAGCACGCCCGGGGGCGGAGCAGGAGCCGCAGCAGGGAGUGGGGCCACAGAUACGAGCACAAGUGCAGCUGGAGCCGGAGCCGAAGCCGCAGCAGGGAGAGAAGCGGCCGGGGGAGCAGGAGGUGGAGCCGCAGCCGGAGCCGGGAGCGCACCAGCGUCCGCUACGGGAGACGCAGUGACAGCAGGGAGCGGGCAGCCAAUCAGGCCAGGAGGCGGAGCAGGAGCCCGAGCCCUGCGUGGGAUGGUGGCAGCCGAAGGAAGAGAAGCACAAACGAUGCCCACGCUGGGCAUCCCAUUGUGAGGGACAGGAGCAGAGAGGCCCCACACACGGUGCAACUUGAUCAGUCAACUCAGGAAGUACCCAGACGCAACGAUAUCUUGGACGAUGAGCUAGUCAGGAAGAAGAGAGAGCUGGAGCUACUUGAAGAGCAGAUUGCCCGAAAGAGAGCUAUCAUAGCGAUGGAGCAGAAAGGUCUAACCCCGAAGGUCCAUCCCAAAGAAGAGCAGGACUAUGAUUCCCACCUCCCCACAGACAAUGGGUACUACCGGUGCAGGCUGCCUCUGGAGUCUGAACAUGACACGCCCCUUAAAGACGUUAGACCCGCCCCUGGACCCAUCAAGUCCAUCCUGAAAAAACGGGCUGAACCUUUUGAGUCGGACAACUACCUACAGACUGAAUUCACCAAAAAACCAUCUCUCGACCAAAAUUUCCUUUCCCAGUCACAUUUCGACCAGCCCUCUGGUGAUCAUUCUCUCCACCAAAUCUCUGUUCGCCACUCUCAUUUCAGUGAGCCAUCUGACCAUCCUUCCCUCGGCCACCCUGUAUCCCAGCACGUACCUGUCCAUCAUCCCCCUCUUGAACAGUCUGCACCCCAUCAGAUCCCCCCCCAUCCUCCUACUCAUAGCCAAUCAUCUGUUGACCAGCCCCCUGUUUGUCAUUCCCCUCCCGACCGUGAACCGGCUCCUAAGAGCAACAUUUCCACCCAGUUUGACCGAUUCCUCCGAAUCCUCAACAAAGGGGUGGAUGUAAACCUCCUCACCACCCUGGUUAGAGAGACCAGGGAGGAGACAGCUGCCUAUGAGAAGCAGACGGCCCACCAGCUUCCACAGAAUGAGGUUCCCUACAAGAACCAAGACCCUUACAAGGAUUCGUAUGGGAGAAGGCCAGAGGAGCAAGAGGACCUUGGAGAGAGCAGCCAGGACUUCCUCCUGCCCCAUGAGAGGGCUUUCCAGGACGGCAUCGGAUUUUCCCGCAUCGUGGGGAUGAAGCACGGGGUGCAGGAGGAGGAGCCGUACUGGAAGGAAGGGGAUGUGGAGGAUGAGGAGCGGUUCCUGUAUGGCGAGAGGGCGUUUGUGGAUCAGGAUGAACGGGAAACCUCGGCACCACCAGACAGGAAGCACAGAGGACCAAGUCCGUCUUGGCCAGCGGCGGAGAAGCCCCUCUCAGUGGCAGACGGAGAGGACAAGAUGCAGCACUACGACAAGAUCCAGAGCCUGCUCCAGACCAUCGGCCUGGACCUCGACACGGCGGAGGUCAGCAAGCUGACGGACAGGACACGGGAACGACUCUAUGGCAAGAAGCUGAAGGCCAAACCACCCGGGUCCGCGGAGAGGGAAUGGGAGCGCCGUCGCAGCCGAACAGGCUCGCCUGAGUCCGAACAGACCCGCUCCGUUUCUCCUGUCCAGUUGUCAAGGAGGGAGGUCUAUAUGAGCUACUCGAGCACCCUAGAACACAGUAGCGCUCAUAACCAGAGGAGUCAUCGAGAGGUUCACAUCGACUCAAGGACCGUCCAACACACCCAAGAAUCCGUGCCUCCCUCUGCCACCCAAUAUCCCCACACGUCCUCAGAGUCGUACCCCAUGUAUGAGGGUGGUCAGCAUGAGCACCCAUACAACCAACAUGGCGGCACCGUGCCUACGAGCUGGGAUCAUGUGCCCUCCCAUUCGGAUGUGCAGUCACCCCAGGCUUUCUCACAACACCCAGAGUCCUUUGUGGGACCGGCCCCACCGUUUUCAAUUGAUCCCAAUGGGCUCUCCCAGUUCUUUACAUCCCCCACCGUUCCUCAGGUGCCUUUAGCUUCCCCCAUGGGGCUGCCCCAUGGGCUGCCCCCAGCGUACGCAAGUCUGUCCUCUGUGCCUCUGCCCCCGUUUGUUGGGCAGCUGUCUUCUGCAGUCCUGCCUUUUGCUGGGGCUGCAUCCCACUACCCCAUGCAUCCAUUGACAGGGGCCCCCAUCAUACCCCAAGCAUCGUUGGGUGGUGCCAUUUUUGCCGCUUCCCAAACCCUAGCGGGGAGCGCAGGGGACGGGGCAAAACAAGUCAAGGAGUCACCCACCACCAAGUCUCGCUGCCUUAGAGUCAUCAAAACGGUCAACCUACUGGGACAGGUGUCGCAAAAGAAAGGCGCAGUGUCGGCUUUGAAAGAAGUGCCUCUAACCGAGCAAAGCUCAGCUCCCUCUCCGGCUCCAUUGCCGACCUCCUCGGAGGCGACAGAGAAGAGGCAAGUGGCGACAAUUUCUGAGGAUGACAUCAAGGCCAAACAGAAGAAAAGGCUGGAGCAGUUCAAUGAGAGAAUGAGACAGAAGAAGGAACAGCAGAAGGAGGCUCUCCGGACUCGGGCAGAAAGUCAGAAAGUCCCACCAGGUAAGACCUGCACAGAGGUAAAGAAUGUGUGGAUUUGUGGCCACUCGCUCGUGUUUUGGGCGGAGAAGAGAGCCAAGUCACCCGAGUACGGCAAGCAGCUUGGUAUGGACUCCAGCUGCGUGCGCGUCUGGUGGAAGGGGAUGCAGGGCAUGACCUGGGAGCAGCUGCUCCCGCUGCUGCUGAAGCUGAAGGGCAGCUGGCCCAACCCGGACGUCAUCAUCCUGCACCUGGGCGGCAACGAUCUGGGAAAGACCGACCCCAAGGGCCUGCUGGCCGCCAUCAAGAAGGACCUGACCUCCCUGAAGAGCAUUUUCCCGCAGUGCCUGCUGGUGUGGUCGGACAUCCUGCCACGUCGCUCCUGGAGGACCACGGAGGACGCCGAAGCCAUGGAGAGCAUCCGCGUCUCGGUCAACAAGAAGGUGCACAUCAACAUCGCCGAGCUGGGCGGGGCGGCGCUGACCCACCACCAGAUCCGGCCCGGUUCGGACGCGGGCCUUUACCGGCCUGAUGGGGUUCACCUGUCGGGGAAAGGCAUCGACACCUUCAACGAUGACAUGCAGGAUUUCUUGGAGAAGUGGGAGACCAAGCUGAACGAAACCGCCAACCAAAGUUAGAUGCCACAAGCUCUUUUGUGUUCCUUAAUUUCCUGUAAUUAAACACCUCUGUUAGGUUGUAAGGGUGGGAUUCCUACCCAAGGUUGUGUUAUGAAUGUAAGCCAGUUGCCUGUACUGAAGUAGCAAUUUAAGCUGUGAUGAUAAUAUCCACUGUACUAAAGUGCUGUAUCAAGUGUUGUGGGUGCAUUUGUACAUGCACACAUGCAUAUGCUGUAUGUUUUUUGAUUAAGAAAAAGUUUUCCUCACUUUUUUAAGACUGCCAUGUUACGACUUCUGUGACCGAACAAUUAAAAAACAUUGAAACAACGAAUGCUCUUCCUUUUGAAUUUCUGCUGACUUUCUCUCUUGGUCCUUUCCAUCUAAUAGGUCCUCCUCAAAAACAUGUAACCCACAAAAGUUGAUUUUGAUGGUUUUGUUUAUAAGAAGCUUUAUUUAUUCCAGCAAAGGUUGUGGCUUAGAUUUUGGUAGAUCUUCUGGAGGUGUGGAAUGGAGGGGAAACUGAGUAAUUUUCAUGUGCCCUGUGUUGUCAUAAGGAGGAAACGGUUUCCUACUCCUUUUCUCCCACCCAGGCGUUUGAUUUUUAGAGAUGGUAGAGUGAGGCUGUGUGAACCCCAGAAUGGGUGGGACUCUUGAAGUCUUUUGGUUGGUUCAUACAAGUCAGUGAUGGACAUGGUAACUCUACCCAUUAUUGGGGUCUUAAAGCUUUGUUCUUCCUUCCCUACAUUAGAUGAAUCUGCCAUAUGUUAAUGUUCAGGAAACCCCAACUUUUAAGACUGGGGGUUCCUGUGUACCCCAUCAUAAACUUUUGUGAAUUGAAUCCUGUUCCCAUAGACACAACAUUAUAUGAGCUGGGGUUCCAAAGCGUGGGCGAGAAGUAGAAUUUUUCACAAAAAAGGCAAGAUCAAAAUAUAUUCAAAUAAUCACAAGAUAGUAGUGUUAUACUGUAAUCUUUAAAUAUUUAAAUACACUUACAACAGUAUAAAUAUUUAGUAUUGUGACGCACUCUGUGACAGUUCGGGAACAACAGGACAAGGAGAACGGCAAGCCGCAAAUCGUGGUCUCUGGGAAGGCAUUAUCUUUCUCAUCGUAUUUCUCAUCGGUUUGUGUCGUUAAUAUAGGUAUAACCGUGGGUAAUCACAAACUGAGUCAUUUUAAAGUGGGGACUGCGAGAUGCGUGGAAGGUGGAUUUGGACAUGUGUCAUUUUGGAGACAAAAUUUGGAGGCAGUGUGUUAUUCAUUUGCAACAUUAAAAUUCUGAUCAUGCUGUGCAGGCAAUGAGAAGCAGAGUCAAAUUUGGAGCCAGUUUGCCAGCAAAAUAUGUCAUGGGCAGAUGGGAAGUGAUGGUGCAGUGAUGGAUCCAAAGACAUUUUCUCAUGUUCUUUUUUGGUCCUCUUUCACAAAACCUCUUGGAACAGUAACAAGUCCUAACACUUCAUUAGUCAUCACAUCUGCCUUCCUUGGCCUUAUUGUGUUGGUGAAUGCAUUUUUCAUCAUUCGGGAAAUGGCUGCACUAAACCACUACUGCACAUUAAAAGGGUCUGUAACAAAAUGAAAAUAUUUUGUUGGCCUUUGUACAUCAACUUUGCAAUGGCCAUUGACUGUGCUUUACAUUCCCAACAAAACACUACCCCAGCGGUUCAGUUUCUGAAAUUCUAGUUGUACUUGUAACUUAAUUAAUUUCAGCUCUCCAGUUAGACGUUAACUUAGAACAGUGCAGGGUUUCCUUAGGAAAAGCAGGUCUGUCAAAUCUGUUUACAUAGAAACAACAUUUAGCACAGUAAGGGUAUUUGUUACAGACAAGAAAACAGAGACGAUGUUACCAGUUCUAAAAAUGUGCUGUCAAAAUAAAAUCAAAAUUCCAUGGAUAAAGGCUGAAUAGUUUCCUCUGUUGCUACCAAGUAUGGCCCAGUGUUAUAUAGCGGUCUUUGCUAAAUGAAGUGAUGGCUAGGUUACUAGUAACCUGGACAACCAAGGUAAAAAAAACUGUUAAACAGUGGGGUUGGUUAGCCGUUUCCCUUGCUCCCUGUGAGAAAGCCAAAGCUUCAUCUUUGGUGGACCAAACAGUGGCUACCUCUCUCCCCUCUCCAGGUGUUCUGGAGGGUCCUUAACUUGAUCUUAUCCCUGGACCAAUUCAUCAGUUCAUACAGUUUUGGACUCCUAGGCGGCAUCAUAUCACAUGACAUUAUGGAAGAUCCAGGAUACCGGAGACCAAAUAAAAAAAAAAAAAAUACUGGAUGGACUCUGACCGAAAAGAAAGGAACAUUUGUAUGGCCCUUGUCAUAGAAUGAGGACCGAAGUGGAGCAACAUGUUAGUAUUUGUAUGGAAAAUACUGUCCCUCUAGUUUGGCACAAGCUCCUUGAGUUGAGUGUAAUCCAGUGAGACUUUAGAAGAACUCUAGAUGCUUUUCAGCCUCCAAAGUUAUGUUAUGGACUCUCAGGUUUGUAUUAGUUUCUGGCCUCAGACUGGACUGAAGGUACACUCAGUGUCCAGCAUAUGUCCUGUAUGCUGUGCUGUUGCAUUGCUGAACAGAUGCGCAGACAUUGUAAGCGUGUAAUGUAUUUUCUUUCAGUUGCACUACCCUGUACACAGCUGUAUCAUUGUCUUAUGCUGCUGAAUGUUCUGCAGGCCAAUCUGUGUGGUAUAA